UGAUAGGCAUGGGACAACGGAGGAAUGUGUAGGGUUUGAGGGGCACGCAUUGGAUCCCUGUUUCUAUUUUAGUUUUAAUUUCUCUCUCUUGGCCUGCGCACUCUGCAACCAAGUUCACACUCUCAAAUAGGAUCAACAAAAUAAGCAGAAAGAAAAAGCAAGAAAAACAGUUGAAUUUCAACUUAUAGUAAUUUGCACGUUUCUCUCCAUGGCAUUUUCUGCUGCAACUCACAAAUCUGCCGGAACUCAUCCAGGGGCAAUCAAUGAUGAUUUAUACAAGGAGUUGUGGCAUGCUUGUGCUGGUCCCCUUGUCACUCUCCCUCAUGAAGGGGAGUGAGUUUAUUACUUUCCACAAGGUCACAUGGAACAGCUUGAGGCAUCGAUGUAUGAGGGAUUGGAGCAGCAGAUGCCUUCCUUCAAUCUGCCUUCUAAAAUAUUAUGUAAAGUGGUCAAUGUUCAUCUUCGGGCUGAAUCCGAAACAGAUGAAGUAUAUGCACAAAUAACUUUGCUUCCUGUAGUAGAUCAAAGUGAAGUGACGAGCCCUGAUGAUCCUUUGACUGAAUCUCCAAGGGUCAAGAUCCAUUCAUUUUGCAAGACACUUACUGCUUCUGAUACCAGUACCCAUGGGGGUUUCUCUGUUCUUCGAAGACAUGCCGAUGAUUGUCUGCCUCCAUUGGAUAUGUCACAGCAACCACCAUGGCAAGAAUUGGUUGCAACUGAUUUACACGGGAAUGAAUGGCAUUUUAGACAUAUUUUUCGAGGGCAACCCAAGCGCCACUUACUUACCACUGGGUGGAGUGUCUUUGUCAGUUCCAAAAAAUUAGUGGCUGGUGAUGCCUUUAUAUUCUUAAGGGGUGAAAAUGGAGAGCUGCGAGUUGGGGUUAGGAGGGUGAUGAGACAGCAGAGCAAUGUGCCUUCUUCUGUUAUAUCUAGUCACAGUAUGCAUCUAGGUGUUCUGGCCACUGCAUCUCAUGCCAUUGCAACUGGAACACUGUUUUCUGUGUUUUACAAGCCCAGAACAAGCCGGUCAGAGUUUAUUGUGAGCGUCAACAAGUAUCUGGAAGCUCAGAGUCAUAAACUCUCUGUUGGGAUGAGAUUCAAAAUGAGAUUUGAGGGUGAUGAAAUCCCCGAAAGAAGGUUCAGUGGCACAAUUGUAGGUGUUGGAGAUAAUAAAUCAUCGGUAUGGCCUGAUUCCGAUUGGCGAUCCUUAAAGGUACAAUGGGACGAACCAUCGUCAAUUUUGCGCCCUGAUAGAGUUUCUUCAUGGGAAUUGGAGCCACAUGUCUCUACCACUCCUGCAAACCCGCAGCCAACACAAAGAAACAAGAGGGCACGGCCUCUUAUUGUACCUUCUACAGUGCCCGAUUCUUCUUUGCAAGGCAUGUGGAAAUCUCCCAUUGAAUCUACAACUUUCUCUUGUGAUCCUCAACAUAGACGUGGCCUCUAUCCAUCGCCUAAGUUCAAUCCUUCCGCAACUAACUUUAUUGGUUUUAGUGGGAAUAGCUUUGUGGGACCUCCUUCCAACAAAUCAAUAUAUUGGUCUAAUAGGAUGGAAAAUUCCUUGGAAUCAAUUUCACCUAUAGCCCUUAAAGAAGCUGGAGAGAAGAGACAAGACACUGGAAAUGGCUGUAGACUCUUUGGGAUUCAGCUACUAGAGAAUUCUAAAGCAGAAGGAAGUCUACAAACAGUCAAUUUGUCUGGAAGGCUGGGUGAUGAUAGGUUUGUUCCAUCUUUAGAUGCUGAAUCUGAUCAGCAGUCUGAGCCAUCAAAUGCCAAUCGAUGUGAUAUUCCUUCAGUAAGUUGUGAUGCUGAAAAACCAUGCCUGUCUCCACAGGAGUUGCAAAGCAAGCAAAUAAGGAGUUGUACGAAGGUUCACAUGCAAGGAAUGGCUGUUGGGAGGGCUGUGGAUUUAACACGAUUUUGUGGAUACGAGGAUCUGCUCAGGAAACUAGAAGAGAUGUUUGACAUCAAGGCUGAGCUGUGUGGGUCCAUACAAAAAUGGCAGGUUGUCUACACUGAUGAUGAAGAUGAUAUGAUGAUGGUUGGAGACGAUCCAUGGGAUGAGUUCUGUAGUGUUGUGAGGAAAAUUUUCAUCUACACGGCAGAGGUGGUGAAGAAGCUCUCCCCGAAAAUAGGGCUUUCAAUGAAUGAAAAAUUGAAAGCAAACAAGCAGGAUUGGGAAGAAAUAGUCAAUCCCGAGGAGCAGUCGUCUAAUGUGGGACCCAGUUGCUAGAAAUCAUAAUAAAAAUUCCAGCAUAUUCUAGUUGUUGUAUAUGCAAUAAAUGUUGGUAUUGUAUGGGAAUAGAAGAUGAAGAUGGUGACGAUGAAUGUGGCCAUUGGAAACAUGCCUACAUAAUUCAGACAUGCUACUUUCACUUCCACUUCCAGUUGUGUAUUGUGCAGCUAGGGUGGGUGGCUGGCACGACAUGGUCUUGUUUUUACAGGCAGCAUGGAUGAAUGGAAUGCAGAGGGUUGUUGGUUUUAUUUUGUUAGGAGAUUCUGCUGUCUGUUUGAUUUGAUCUUGGCCUGUCUUAAAUUAAAGAUCGUUUUUUCUAUAACUUCCAGACCUCUCUUCUCCUUCAGUUGAUCAUCCACUGGAAUUCACUCAAUGUGAUGCAUCUCAUUUCUGUAUAUAGUAUUUAUUAUUGUCUUGGAAUUCUAUUUGUAUGUAUCAGACGUGACCCUCUCUUCUCUCUCUAACAGCCCUGCUCAAUUUUUUCUGGAUUGUUUACUAUUUCUGUAACUCCAUCUCUUCCUGGAUAAUGGAAAGGAAAAUCAUUUUGUC